AUGGCGUUCUUCGGGCUGGAGGCGUACGGAAGCGACGACGAGAACGGUCCGUCUCUGAGCGACUCCAGCGACUCCGACUCCGACUCCGAGGAUGCCGCCGCGGCGAUCGUCGCGGCCGCGCCCGUCGCGUUGGGUCCCGAACCACCGCCCGAGAAGAGCAAGCCGGUGACGCGCCCUCUCCCGUCGGCACUCGAUCUGUUCGACCGCGUGGACAAGCCCCCCGACUUCCUGACGCGCCCGAUGGACAAGCUGGGGUACACGCCCGUGUACGCGCCGACGAAGCAGGCGGCGGCGGACGCGUACGACGUGGAGGAGCCGCGCGAGCUCGCGGCGAAGCACAGGGCGUCCGCGACGGUCUCGUCCGCGCCCAAGAGGUACAGGGCGGACGAGAUCGCCGCGAAGGAACGGAAGAUGAACGAGGCGUCGAUGGGGGACGCAGAGAGGGCGCUUCGGAACGGCGCGCGCGGGGGCGGCGACGCGCUCGCGAUGGCGGUGCUCGGCGCGGCACCCAAGCCCACGCUGGGCGAGAGACAGAGGGGCAGGCCGGCGUCGGGAGCGAUGGACGUGAACGAGUUCCUCGCCAAGGGACCGGGCGCGCUCGCGCCGAGGAAGAGGGGCGGCAACGACCGGAUGGACGCCGAACGGCGGAAGCGGCAGGCUGGACAGAACGGGCGAGACAGCGUGGAGUGGAAGAGCGAGGCGGAGAUGGUACUCCGCCAGCAGUACGACUGA